GAGCCCACGCUCUUCUACGGAAACAAUGAGUCAACUGCCACAUUUUAACUAGCCGUUGCGUUUCAAAACGAUAAAACUAGAGCGCAAAAAAGGAAACAAUGGCGCUCCACAUUUUUCAAUCAACAACUACUUAUACUCCACUGUCUUUGGAGCUACUAAUCCUUUCUUUCUUUACGUAAUUUAAGAAAUUUAGGAAAUGGUUAUAUCUAAUCAGAAUAACAUCGUUGUUCCAAUUAGACCCACAAAUGUGCGAGGUGGAGGACACAAUAGAAGAGCUCUAAGUGUGAUCAAUCAUGAACUGGGAGGAGCUAAUCCGCCUUGUUAUGUGGCGAAGAAGCGAGGAUUUACAAAAGCGGAAGGGGUUUGUAACAAUGGUGCUGCACAUAGGCCAAUGACGAGGAACUCGGCUGCUGAAAUGGCAGUCCAGCAGCAGCCCACUGUGGAGGAAGCGAAAAAGUUGAAGACGUCAGCUCAUGAGUUGGCGGUAUUUGAGGAUAUAGCUUUGACAGAUGUUGAUGAUCACGAGCCUGUGCCAAUGUCGUUGGAGCAUUCAGAAAUUGAAAUGAGAGACAAGAAUCAAAUGGAGGAGGUUGAAAUGGAAGACAUAUUUGAAGAGACUAGCACAGACAUAGAUGGUUGCGAUGCAAACAAUCCACUUGCUGUUGUGGACUAUGUUGAGGAUUUAUAUGCUUAUUACAAGAAAAUGGAGGGUGCGAGCCAUGUAUCACCUGAGUAUAUGUCACAACAAGUCGACAUAAAUGAACGAAUGAGGGCCAUCCUAAUCGAUUGGCUCAUAGAGGUUCACCACAAAUUCGAUCUCAGGAAAGAGACGUUGUUUCUAACAGUAAAUCUGAUUGAUCGUUUCCUAGCAAAGCAAUCGGUGGUGAGAAAGGAGCUGCAGCUUAUCGGUCUAGUAGCAAUGCUCCUGGCAUGCAAAUAUGAGGAAGUUGCAGUUCCUGUUGUUGAAGACUUAGUUUUUAUCUCGGAUAAGGCUUACAAUAAGAAACAAGUGCUCGAAAUGGAGAAGUUGAUGCUCAACACUCUGCAAUUCAACAUGUCCGUCCCGACUACAUAUGUUUUCAUGUUGAGAUUCCUCAAGGCGGCCCAGUCGGACAGCGAGCUUGAGCUACUUUCUUACUUCUUGAUUGAGCUUUGUCUGGUGGAAUACGAGAUGCUAAAGUAUCCGCCGUCGUUGCUGGCUGCGGCUGCUAUAUACACAGCCCAGUGCACGCUUCAUGGAGUUGCACAGUGGAGCAAGACCUGCGAGGGCCACACCAGCUACUCCCAAGAUCAACUACUGGGAUGCUCGAGAAUGAUCGUGGGGUUCCACCAGAAGGCGGCUACCGGGAAACUUACAGGGGUUCAUAGAAAGUAUAAUACAUCCAAGUUUGGAUAUGCAGCAAGAUGCAAACCUGCAGAAUUUCUUGUACAAUAGGCAAAAUAUGUACAGUUUUACUAAGGUUAUAGAACAAGAUGAUGAUAGUAGUACUUGCAACACAACGCGUUGCUCGUGGCUAUUAGAUUUGCUGAUUGUGAUUCAUUGACAUGUAACUUUCUGAUUCUCUUUUCUAUUUGAUAAUAAAAUCUAUCUAAUUCCAGUU